AUGGCGACGGAGGGAACAUCGGUAGAGCCCACCAAGGUGAAAAUUCUGGGAAAGGACUCCAUAGUUGUCGACUAUGGUCUAUGGCAGGGUUAUAUCGCUCAAGACCUGCUUAGCAACAUUCCCUCGUCAACCUAUGUCCUCAUCACCGACACCAACAUCGGCCCUCUCUACACACCCACCUUCGAACGUGCCUUUUCUACCGCAGCGUCGACGCUAUCCACGACACCGCGGCUCCUUACAUACCAGAUCCCGCCUGGUGAGACGUCCAAAUCGCGGAGUACAAAAGCAGCGGUAGAGGACUGGCUGUUGUCGCAAGGAUGCGUGCGCGACACGGUCAUCAUUGCACUGGGCGGCGGUGUGAUUGGCGACAUGAUUGGCUAUGUAGCUGCGACCUACAUGCGCGGUAUCAAGUUUGUGAAUGUGCCUACCACACUGCUGGCCAUGGUCGACUCUAGCAUUGGCGGCAAGACGGCCAUUGACGUGCCUGCUGGCAAGAAUCUCGUCGGCGCAUUCUGGCAACCAGAAAGAAUCUACAUUGACUUGCAGUUCCUGGAAUCGCUGCCCAAGCGCGAGGUUAUCAAUGGCAUGGCUGAGGUGGUCAAGACGGCCGCUAUCUGGAAUGAGGAGGAAUUCACCGCACUCGAAGGCAAUGCGAACACGAUACUAGCCGCAAUCGAUCAAAAGCCUGUGCAUGGGCGCAGGAACUUUGAUGGGAUUGCGAGCAUACUCAAGAGGAUAGUGCUGGGCUCGGUACGCGUCAAAGCUGAAGUGGUGUCUGCAGAUGAGCGUGAAGGUGGACUGCGCAACCUGUUGAACUUUGGACACUCGAUUGGCCACGCUUAUGAGGCCAUCCUCACACCCCAGAUUCUGCACGGAGAAUGUGUUGCCAUUGGCAUGGUCAAGGAGGCUGAGUUGGCGCGCUACCUAGGAGUCCUGGACCCGUCUGCAGUUGCCCGCUUGACUAAGUGCAUCGCCAGCUAUGGAUUGCCCACAUCACUGGCAGAUAAAACUGUGCGAAGGCGAUCGGCGAACAAGCACUGUCCAGUCGACGAGCUCAUCAAGAUUAUGGCGGUGGACAAGAAGAAUGCUGGCGCAGUCAAGAAAAUCGUCCUUCUAUCGGGCAUUGGAAGGACCUACGAGAAGAAGGCAAGCUCCGUUGCAGAUCGCGACAUCAAAAUUGCCCUCUCUCCGAGCAUUGCUGUGCACCCCGGUGUCCCAUCCGACCUGGAUGUAACUUGCACGCCUCCCGGAUCCAAGAGCAUCUCCAACAGAGUGCUCGUCCUUGCGGCGCUAGGAACGGGCCCGUGCCGUAUUACCAACUUGCUCCACUCCGACGAUACUCAAGUCAUGCUGGAUGCCCUUGCCAAGAUGCAAGGCGCCAGCUUUGCAUGGGAAGAUGAUGGCAAAGUACUGGUCGUUACAGGAAAUGGGGGCAACCUCAAGGCAACGAGCAGCGAGCUCUACCUUGGAAACGCAGGUACAGCAGCACGCUUUCUCACUUCGGUGACUGCGCUUUGCCGGCCCGUUGAAAGCAUCACAUCAACAAUCGUUACCGGUAACGCACGAAUGAAGGAGCGGCCUAUUGCUCCGCUGGUCAAGUCUCUUCGAACCAUGGGUGUUGAGAUUGAGUACGUAGAAAAGGAGGGUGGUCUUCCAUUGCGCAUCCAGGCCUGCAGCGGAUUUGGUUCUGACUCGUUCACUGGUGACAUCGAGUUGACCGCUAACGUGUCAUCGCAAUACGUCUCUUCUAUUCUGCUGAGCGCCCCAUACUCCAAGAAGCCAGUUACACUGAGAUUGGUGGGCGGUAAAGUCAUUUCGCAGCCUUACAUUGACAUGACCAUCGCCAUGAUGGCAUCGUUCGGCGUACAGGUUGAGCGAUCUGCAAGCGACCCAAACACCUACCACAUUCCCAACAAGCCUUACACCAACCCUUCAACAUACGAAGUCGAGAGCGACGCCAGCUCGGCUACCUACCCACUCGCAAUUGCUGCCAUUACGGGAACAACUUGCACGGUACCAAACAUUGGUUCAGGAUCCCUACAAGGGGAUGCCCGCUUCGCGAUUGAAGUCCUGCGACCCAUGGGCUGUAAGGUUGAGCAGUCAAAGACUUCGACGACUGUUACUGGCCCGCCAAGAGGUGAGCUCAAGGCUGUCAAGGAGAUCGAUAUGGAACCCAUGACAGACGCUUUCCUCACAGCUUCAGUAUUGGCUGCUGUGGCAUCAUCCGACGGAACUUCAACCACCACCCGCAUUUACGGUAUCGCCAACCAGCGCGUCAAGGAAUGCAACCGUAUUCAAGCCAUGGAAGACGAGCUCGCAAAGUUCGGUGUCACAUGCAGGCAAUUCGAUGACGGCAUCGAGGUCGACGGAAAAGGAUAUGACCUGGCUACUCCACAGGUUGGAAUCCAUUGCUAUGAUGAUCACCGUGUCGCAAUGAGCUUCGCUGUCCUUUCUCUGGUCGCUCCUGCCCCUGUGCUCAUCUUAGAGAAGGAUUGUACAGGCAAGACGUGGCCCGGCUACUGGGAUUCCUUGAACCAGAUCUUCAAAGUAAGCCUUGAGGGUGUGGAAUUGUCAACUCAUUCGCAUGGUAGCAAAGCUGCAUCGAAAAGUGCAGAUAGGUCGAUUUUCAUCAUCGGCAUGCGAGGCGCUGGCAAGACAACUGCUGGUGGAUGGGCAGCGCGGACUCUUGGACGACCGCUGAUCGACUUGGAUACUGCAUUAGAGGAGCAUGUCGGUAUGACCAUACCUGAGUUUAUAAGUACAAGAGGCUGGGAUGGCUUCCGUGAUGAGGAGCUGCAAUUACUAAAGAGGACGGUCAAAGAGAAACCCACCGGCUACGUCUUCGCAUGCGGCGGCGGCAUCGUAGAGAGUCCUGAAGCUCGUGAAGUGCUAGUUGAUUGGCACAAGCAAGGUGGUAUUGUGCUGUUAGUGUCGCGAGACAUCACCAAAGUUGUGGAAUUUCUGCAAAUCGACAAGAGCCGCCCGGCCUAUGUCGAAGACAUCAUGCCAGUGUGGCUCCGCAGAAAACCAUUCUACGAUCAGUGUAGUAACUACCGCUUCCACAGUCAGGCAUUGGAAUCGGUUGGUCUCGCAAGCACUCAAGCACAAUUUGCGCGCUUCUUGAACACGAUCACAGGCAAGAAUUCGGUGUUGAAGGCAUUGAAGAAGAAGAAGCAUUCUUUCUUUGUUUGCUUGUCCGCCCCUGAACUACAGUCAUGCAUCCAAACACUGCCUGAGAUUGUAGUCGGAGCCGAUGCUGUUGAGUUGCGGGUUGAUUUGCUCGUCGAUCCAAACGGUCAGGAAGGUUUGCCAACACCCGAAUAUGUUAUCGAGCAGUUGACGAUACUACGGACGGUUACUACCACCCCGAUUAUCUUCACCAUCAGGACAAAGGCUCAGGGUGGCAAGUUCCCCGACACAGCGUACGAUGAAGCACGCGCGCUAUAUUUGACUGCGCUACGACUUGGUUGCGAGUUUGUGGAUCUUGAAAUGACAAUGUCAGAAGACAUCUUGCGCGAGGUGUCGGAGGGUCGAGGCUACACCGAGAUCAUUGCCAGUCAUCACGACCCCAAGUCGGAGCUCAAUUGGAGCAACGGCUCAUGGAUGAAAUACUAUAACCGCGCGUUGCAGUAUGGUACCGUCAUCAAGUUGGUUGGUGUUGCUCAGUCCAUAAAAGAUAAUUUUGCGCUCGCAGAGUUCAAGAGCUGGGCAGAUACCGCACACCCUGUCCCUCUCAUCGCUAUCAACAUGGGUGAACACGGAAAGCUCAGCAGGAUACUCAACGGUUUCCUGACACCCGUAUCGCACCCUCUCCUGCCUUCGGCCACGGCGCCUGGCCAGCUCUCAGCCGCCGACAUCCGUCUUGGCCUCUCCCUGAUGGGCGAGAUCCCCACCAAGAAGUUUUUCAUCUUCGGCUCUCCCGUCUCCCAAUCUCCCAGCCCACGUCUACACAACAGGCUCUUCCGUGAGACUGGCCUUCCCCAUGUCUAUAGUCGUUUUGAAACCACAGACGCAAGUUCAGUCCGCGAUAUCAUUCGCGCCCCUGAUUUUGGCGGUGCCAGUGUCACGAUCCCCCUAAAGCAGGAUGUACGAACCCUCCUUGACGGCGUAGGUCCAGAAGUCGAAGCUAUCGGCGCACUGAACACUAUUGUUCCAGAGACCUCUAUCGACGAAACCACAGGCCAAGAAGUCACCCGCCUCAUCGGCCUUAACACAGACUACCUCGGCAUGAUUCUCGUCCUCAAGAACGCUGGAGCACUGUCCCAAUCCGGCUCCGCUCUCGUUAUCGGCGGUGGCGGCACCAGUCGCGGAGCGAUCUACGCACUGCGGGAAAUGGGCUAUGCUCCGAUCUACCUCCUCGGGCGCAACCUUUCCAAAAUAACGGCGCUCAAAGACGACUUCCCCGCAGAAUAUAAUGUCCAAAUCAUCAGUUCACCAGAACAAGUUGAAUCAUUGGAGUCCAUGCCUGCAGUUGCCAUUGGCACGAUUCCCGCAGACCAGCCCAUCGACCCAGCGAUCCGAGAGACGCUGUGUGCCUUGUUCGCGAAGGCGAAGAAGGGCGAGGCGGACGUGGGCAGCAAUGGACGGAUUCUACUGGAGAUGGCGUAUAAACCGCCCGUUACGGCGCUGAUUCAAUUGGCGCAGGAUGCGGGCUGGACGACGGUGAAUGGUCUCGAAGUGCUGGUGGGACAGGGCGUGCAUCAGUUUGAGUAUUGGACGGGAAUUAAGCCGUUAUACGCUGUGGCUAGGGAAGCUGUUAUGGAGUCGAGUGGGUAA